GCUCUUUAACAAUAGAUGACAGGGCCAAGAUGGCAGACAAGCGUUUUAUGUUGACUGGAGCGCAACGUGAAGCAUUAUCAAAAGUAUUCAAGUUUGCUGACGUUGAAGAGACAGGAUAUGUUGAUGUUGCCACUAUAUCUACACUAGCUGUACAAUUACUGGGUGCACAGUUGAGUGACAAUGAAAAGCAAUCUAUUACCAACAAAGCUGAAAGUAAAGCUGAGAAAGGGUUACUAUCAUACCAAAGUUUCAUUGAUAUUAUGAUGGAGGCUAUGCAGUCUAUGACACAUUGGGGUAAACUGACAACACCUCUAGAUGGUUACGUAGGCUUUGACACAGUUCAAGAGCAAAUACGAAAGAAGUCCCUCAAGAGAGGAUUUGAAUUUAACUUGAUGGUGGUUGGUGCCACUGGAUUAGGCAAGUCCACAAUGGUAAACACACUGUUUAAAAGUAAAAUAAGUCGAACUACUGGAGUCCCRUCAGUCAUCCCUAAAACAGUAGAAGUGAAAUCUGUCAGCCAUGUUAUUGAAGAAAAAGGAGUGCGAUUAAAGUUAACCUUGACGGACACGCCAGGAUUCGGUGACCAAAUCAACAAUGAUAAAUGCUGGGAUCCCAUCCUGGAAUACAUUAACGACCAAUACAAGAAAUACUUACAAGAAGAAACCAACAUCAAUCGCAAGGCUCGUAUUCCUGACACCAGGGUCCACUGUUGUUUAUACUUUGUUGCUCCUACAGGACACCGGAUGAAACCAAUUGACAUUGAAUUCAUGAAACGACUAGACAAGUGUGUUAACAUUGUUCCUGUCAUUGCAAAAGCUGACAAUCUUACCUUAGAAGAAAGGGAAGCCUUUAGAAGAAGAAUACGUGAAGAUAUUGAAGCCAACAAAAUCCAUAUCUAUCCGAUGGUAAAAAGAGAUGAUCUCGAUGAAGAAGAAAUUAGAGCUAACUCUAGAAUAAGAGAGGCACUGCCAUUUGCUGUAGUGGGCAGCGAUCGGUUUGUCACUGUUUCGGGUAAAUCCGUUCUUGGAAGGAAGACAAAAUGGGGUCUUAUUGAAGUGGAAAACAAAAACCACUGCGAGUUUUCACAGCUGAGAGAUAUGCUUAUCAGGACUCACAUGCAAGAUCUUAAAGAAGUCACAAACACCAUUCAUUAUGAAAGCUUCAGGAAGGUACAAUUAACAGAACAGCAGAAAAACAGAAUUGACCUAAGUGACAUCAGUGAUACUCAAGAAAGCAAGAUUUAAACUUUUGGAAACAAGCGAUUUCUCUUUAAUGGACUUGCUUUACUUCUCUUCCCUUAAGAUGUGAAAAGGAAAUUUACAUUUUGCAUUUUAAAAGUUAUCAUGUGAAGCUUUUUUGAGAUAUUUACAAAUACUUUAUAAUUGAAUCAUUAUAAGAUUUGGAAGCUAAGGUAAACAGUAUUGCAGACAUAGGUCAUAUCAUUGUAAUCCCAACCAGUCAGUUAGUACAGCUUCUCGGCCAUUCAAUCAAAUCUGCAGACUGGCCAAUAAGAGAAUAUGUAAGUCAAUCAUAUUUGGUCAAGUUUAACAGAGUUACCUUGUGGAAUAGAAAAUAUUUGGAAUAUAUUAAGAUAGCAUAUAAUGUUAAAAUUGUGGCAAUUGUUCCAUCUUGUCUUUUUAUCAUAGUAAAAUUUAAUAUCAAAUAAAAAUGUAAUUUACAAUGACAUGAGUUUGAAUCGAGUAAAGACACUUGAGCUUCC